AUGGGUUCCGAGGCCGAUCUCGCACCGAGCCGCCGCAAGCCGGUCCUGUUCUUCGAUAUCGACAACUGCCUUUACCCGAGGAGCACCAAGGUCCACGAUCUGAUGGCGGAGCUGAUUGAUCAGUAUUUUGUCAAGCACCUGGAUAUACCAUUCGAGGAGGCCGUGAGACUGCACAGGGAGUACUACACCAACUACGGCUUGGCCAUCGAGGGCCUCGUCCGCCACCACCAGAUCGACCCGCUCGACUACAACACCAAGGUGGACGAUGCGCUGCCCCUCGAGGAAAUCAUCAAGCCGAACCCCGCUCUCCGAAGCCUGCUCGAGGACAUCGAUAAGACCAAAGUGACCAUGUGGCUCUUCACGAAUGCCUACGUCACGCACGGAAGGCGGGUCGUGAAACUGCUCGGGAUCGAGGACCUCUUUGACGGUCUGACCUACUGCGAUUAUGCGCAGCAACCACUGAUAUGCAAGCCGCACCCAGACAUGUACAGGAGGGGCAUGCGAGAGGCCGGCAUCGAGCGGGUGGAGGACUGCUUCUUUGUCGACGACUCCUACUUGAACUGCGUCAAAGCCAAAGAGUUCGGCUGGACGGCGGCGCACCUCGUCGAAGAAGGCCUGCCUAUACCCCAAACUCCUGCGUCGCAAUAUCAAAUUCGGAAUCUGCUGGAGCUGCGCAACAUCUACCCACAGUUUUUCAAGUCGACCUCGAAAACCUAG